AUGACGUCGGCGAUGGAGGAAGCACUGCCGACCUCGCCGAAGACCACCGACGGAGUAUCGAACGACGAUUCCCUCUCCUCGCACAUUUCCUCACGCUCCCGCUCCCGGUCCCGUCGAUUCCCCAGCUCCGCGUCUCCGGCGCCGCCGUCCUCCGCCGUCCCAUUCUCCUGGGAGCAACGCCCCGGCAUCCCCAAGGACACAUCAUCCCCGGAGUCUUCCGUCGCCAAUCCAGUCCUCCCCCUCCCGCCCCUGAUCCGCUCCCACUCCGACCUCCCCACGCCCCGCAAGAAACGUUCCGCCGCCGCCUCUUCCUCGCGGGGCGCGGAAGUCCCUGCUGAUCCCUUUGCGGCCGCCCUAGCGCUUUGCGCCAAGGGCCUCAUGGAUGACGAUGACCUUUCCGUCCCGCGGGGAUCGUCCCUCAUGGAUGAGGAUGACCUUUCCGUCCCGCGGCGAUCGGCCGCAACCGUCGCCGGUCGCUUCCGGAUCUUCGAUUUCUACGGAUCCUGCAAGGCGACGUGCGCCGUAGCGACCUGCUUCCCUCGGCCCGGAUCCUUGGCCUUGCUCAGCCGUCGUCCUUGA